AUGACAGCCUGCACCCCCUGCCAGGAACUCUUUCUUACAGGGAAGCCUCUCCCUCCUCAUCCCUACCCGCAGAAAUUGCGAAGGUGUGGUGAAAAGCGGGUGAAGACGUCAUCCACGCCUCUUCAGCUGCUCCGUGAGGCUUUUGAAGCAGCUCCUGCUAUUGCUAACAACCAUAGCAGCCUUGAAUCUCCAAAGGUAGGUAAGCCCAAAAAACAGCAGCAGCAGCACCACCUAAAGACCACUAACCCUGAUUCCAGCCCAGGAAGAGCAGCCACUAUCCAGGAAAACAACCCCUACGAAGAAGAGGCCGGCCAUUCCCACCAAUACCCACCUAUGAAGCAGACAAGAAAAAGGAGGAGCCAAAACCCCAGCUGUCAUAGCCCGUCAGAAUCACGUGUCCGAAAUGGCUCAGGGGGCGGGCUGGAGUCCCGACAGUCGGGACUGUUUACGGAAACCUGGCCAGCUGGAGUCCGGCGCUGCGGCUUCAGGUUUCAUGCUGCGCGUCCCCGUAAGCCAGAAUUUAAUACAAUGAAGCCAACAACUCGCGUUUUUGUUCUGAGUUCCUUUUGUUUAGCUUUUUAUUGUUUGUGCACUGCUGACAAAUUCUACAAUCGUGGCAACCAUGAGUGGACCAAGCUGUUUAUGGUGCAGCACUGGCCUACAACUGUGUGCAAGGAAAUUGAAAAUGACUGCAGAGAUCCCCCUGAUUACUGGACAAUACAUGGACUAUGGCCUGACAAAGCUGGAGAAUGUAACCGAUCAUGGCACUUUAAUUUAGAUGAGAUCAAGGAUCUUUUGCCUGACAUGAGGCAUUUCUGGCCCGAUGUAAUCCAUCCAUCUCCUAAUCGAAGCCAAUUCUGGAAGCAUGAGUGGGAGAAACAUGGAACAUGUGCAGCCCAGCUGGAUGUUCUAAAUUCUCAAAAAAAAUAUUUUGGUAAAUGUCUGGAAUUUUAUAAGAAUCUUGACCUCAACAGUGUGCUCCUGAAGUUGGGGAUAGAGCCAUCUAUCUCAUACUACCAGCUUGCAGACAUUAAGAAUGCCCUUACAAGCGUGUAUGGAGUAAUACCAAAAAUUCAGUGCCUUCCACCAGAACAGGAAGAAGAAGUACAAACUCUUGGUCAAAUUGAAUUCUGUUUCACCAAAGACCUACAUUUGAGAAAUUGUACUGAGCCAGAGGUAUACUCCCCCUUCCUGCAAGAUGCUUUGUUGACUGAUGAGACUUACAUGAGUCAUGGGCUCUCUGUCUGUGAAGAUGGCCCAGUUUUCUAUCCCCCUUCAGAAAAGAUGUACCGUUGAUAUCUGGAUGAUCGGAAAUACAUUGUGUCAGAUGGCCUGUGUUUGGGGAAGCAAGAAACUUUCACGAAACAGUUCAAAUACGUGUUUACUUUUUAAAAUUUAAUUUUGGUAGAUAUUUGCAAUGUUUUAUAAAAGUAGUAGAGAAGAAAGGGUACAUCACAAAUCUAAAAAGCUAGGGUUUUUUUUGUAUUUUUGUUUUUAAAUAAAGUGUGCAGAGUUUGUUUUCUAAACAAGAAGAAUUGUUAAGGAAACAAAAAAGGUUUGUAAAUCUUAGUAAUUUGUUUUUAACAUUUGCUAUAUGAUGACUUGUACAAUUCAUAGGGAAUAUGUGCUCCUCCCGUGGUGGAUGGUGCCUUUGGAUGUCUGGAGUCUCUUCCUGCCUGUGCAUGAUAGAAGGACCACAAUGUAGGUACCCAGGCCAAUUUCUCAGAUAGAAUGUUGGGGUACCAACAUUGUUCUACGUGACUUGUGAUCAACAUUUGUUGUUCCAUGACUUACACCAAGGAGUAAAUAUUUCAGAGUCUUUUCACUUUACCUAUUUUCUCUUGUCAAAGCAACCUGUAUAACAUACUUUAUUCUCACCAGUUCUCCUUGCUAGAGAAGAGAAUACUGAGGUAGAGGGUAUUUCUUCUUCCUUUCUCCACUCAGAAGUAAUAUAGAUGCCAAAAAACAAACAAGCCUUUUUUACCAGAAGAGAAUAGAACACUUCAUAUUACUUUAGUUUGUGAUUUUUUUUAAAGGUUGCAUUACUGGAAAAGUAAAUAAUUCAGUUUGGUCAUUAAUUAAGGUGACAUUUCUCUCUCUGAAAGUAAUUAGGGCACAAUGGAGGACUUGGGCACAUUGACAAGUAGGGUAAAAUAUUGUGACCAAAAUAUAGUUCCAAAAUGUGGCACUUCUAUUAUUUUGGAUCCUCUAUCCAGCAGGAAUUAUUACACAUCAUCUUUAUUUGGUUUCACAAUAACAUAGUGUUCUUGUUAAUGACCCCAAACACUCCAGGCUACAAAUAGAUAUCUGCAGUGUGAGAGACUGUACCCACUGUGUGCUGAUUUCAUUUUGUAAAAAUGGGGAUUUCCAAUGAUCUGUGAAAUCAUCUGCUUUCCCAUGCUUUAUUAAAAGUAUCAUUUUACA